CUAUAAACAGUAUGAAUAGAUCUCCCUCUUCUCUCGGCGUUUUCUCUCUUCUCUUCUCUUUCUCUCUCUCUCUCUAAACCCUUCUCCUGCCUAUACAUUACAAGCAUUCAUGGGCGCCUACAGAGCAGAAGACGACUACGAUUACUUGUUCAAGGUGGUGCUCAUCGGCGAUUCUGGCGUCGGCAAAUCCAACCUGCUCUCCAGAUUCACUCGCAACGAGUUCAGCUUGGAGUCCAAGUCCACCAUCGGAGUCGAGUUCGCCACUCGGAGCAUCCGCGUCGACGAGAAGGUCAUCAAGGCUCAGAUUUGGGACACCGCUGGCCAGGAACGAAUUAACUGGGUGGUAGACUGGUGAAGACCGAGAAAGAAGAGGGGUUUUGAAGAAUAUAUCUUUAACUCUUAUAUGGAAUCAAACGUCUCCACAUCCUAGCCAGCGAUCUGGACUAG